AUGUGCGCCUGCUUGCAUGAGUGCAGACUCGGGACUCACCGCGGACAAGCCUGGGAACUGGCCCUGGCGCAACAGCUAAAUGGCAAACAGAUGCUUGGCGUGCCAGAGACCCCGCUGGCAGGGGUACGAAGAGCCAAACAAGUUCAGGAAGGGAAACCCCCGCCAAGGAAAGUUGUGGCGCUAAGCGGAAGCUUCCUGUCACCCACUUCCGAGCUCAGCUGUGGUCCAGGAGACAAGUGCGCGGUACCCGAACUUUUCCGACAGCACCUGAAACUAGGGUGCAUCCUAGCAGGUCCUGCUAAUCCAAACAACUCCUUGAAGGAGCCCAGAUUCGAAUUUAGCUGGAAUGCUCUUCCCGCGCCGACUCUGGAGCCCACUAGGCAGCGGCUUCUCGGACCCCAGGGCGAGCGCCCUGGAGCCGGCCUCUUCCUGGACCACGAGCUCCCAGAGGUGCGGGGUCCCCUGUCGCCGGGCGCCAGGGACGCCGCCGCGUGCCGCGUGCCGGUGCAGGACAUGUGGUUCUCCGAGUACAUGGAGUACAUGGUGCUGGAGCUUGGGGAGGCCCUGCAGCCCGGUAGCCUCUAUGAACUGCAGCUCCGCUUCACGGGUCCUGUGUUCAAGGAAACAAGGGAGGGGCUCUUCCUCAACUUGUACUCGGACCAGGGAGAGCGCAGAGCCCUGAUAGCAUCUCAAAUGGAACCAACAUUUGCCAGGAGUGUUUUUCCUUGUUUUGAUGAACCAGCUCUUAAGGCAACUUUUAAUAUUACAAUUAUCCAUCAUCCAAGUUAUGUGGCCCUUUCCAACAUGCCACAGCUAGGUCAGUCAGAAAGAGAUGUAAAUGGAAGCAAGUGGACAGUUACAACCUUCUACACCACUCCUCACAUGCCGACUUACUUAGUUGCACUUGCCAUAUGUGACUAUGACCAAGUCAACAGAACGGAAAGGGGCAAGGAGAUACGCAUCUGGGCCCGGAAAGAUGCCAUUGCAAAUGGAAAUGCAGAUUUUGCUUUGAACAUCACCGGACCCAUCUUCUCAUUUCUAGAGGAUUUGUUUAAUAUCAGUUAUCCUCUUCCAAAAGCAGAUAUAAUUGCCUUGCCUAGUUUUGACAAUCAGGCAAUGGAAAAUUGGGGACUAAUGAUGUUUGAUGAAUCAUUGUUGCUGCUGCAGCCAAGUGAUCAACUGACAGUAAAAAAGGAUCUGAUCUCCCACAUUGUAUCGCAUGAGAUUGGACACCAGUGGUUUGGAAACUUGGUUACCAUGAAUUGGUGGAACAAUAUCUGGCUCAAUGAGGGUUUUGCAUCUUAUUUUGAGUUUGGAGUAACUAACUACUUCAAUCCUAAACUCCCAAGAAAUGAGGUUUUUUUUUCUAACUUUUUACAUGGUGUCCUCAGCGAAGAUCAUGCCCUGGUGUUGAGAGCUGUGUCCAUGAAGGCGGAAAAUUUCAGAGAAACAAGUGAAAUAAAUGAACUCUUUGACUUAUUUACUUAUAAAAAGGGAGCAUCUAUGGCCCGCAUGCUUUCCAGUUUCCUGAAUGAGCAUUUAUUCAUCAGUGCACUUAAGUCUUAUUUAAAGGCAUUUUCUUACUCAAAUGCUGAGCAAGAUGAUCUAUGGAAGCACUUUCAAAUGGCUAUAGAUGACCAGAGUAAAAUUAUUUUGCCAGCAACAAUAAAAAGCAUAAUGGACAGUUGGACACACCAGGGUGGUUUUCCAGUCAUCACUUUAAAUGUGUCCAGUGGUGUCAUGAAACAGGAACCAUUUUAUCUGGGAAAAGUUGAAAAUCAGACUCUUCUGACCCACAAUGGCACGUGGAUUGUCCCCAUUCUUUGGAUGAAAAAUGGAACAACACAAUCUUUAGUCUGGCUAAAUAAAAGCAGUAAAGUAUUCCCUGAAAUGCAAAUUUCAGAUUCUGAUAAUGACUGGGUGAUUUUAAAUUUGAAUAUGACUGGAUAUUAUAGAGUUAAUUAUGAUAAAUUAGGUUGGAAGAAAUUAAAUCAACAGCUUCAAAAGGAUCCUAAGGCUAUUCCUGUUAUUCACAGACUACAGUUGAUUGAUGAUGCCUUUUCCUUAUCUAGAAACAAUUAUAUUGAGAUUGAAACAGCACUUGAUUUAACCAAAUACCUUGCUGAAGAAGACGAAAUCAUAGUAUGGCAUGAAGUCUUGGCAAACUUGGUAACCAGGGAUCUUGUUUCUGAUGUGAGCAACUAUGAUAUAUAUCCAUUAUUAAAGAAAUAUCUAUUAAAGAGACUAAAGUCAAUAUGGAAUAUUUAUGCAACUAUAAUUCGUGAAAAUGUGGGAGCAUUGCAGGAUGACUAUCUAGCUCUAAUAUCACUGGAAAAACUUUUUACAACUGCAUGUGGGUUCGGUCUUGAAGACUGUCUUCAGCUGUCAAAAGAACUCUUCAGAAAAUGGAUGAGCCAUCCAGAGAAUAAAAUACCUUAUCCGAUUAAAAGUGUGAUUUUAUGCUACGGCAUUGCCUCAGGAAGUGAUAAAGAAUGGGAUUUUCUGUUAAACAUCUACACUAACACAACUGAAGAAGUGGAAAGAAUUCAACUUGCUUAUGCGAUGUGCUGCAGUAAAGACCCCUGGAUACUUAACAGAUAUAUGCAGUAUGCCAUCAUCACAUCUCCCAUCACUUUUAAUGAAAUGAAUGUAAUAGAAGCUGUGGCAGCAUCUGAAGUUGGCCGAUAUGUUGCAAAGGACUUUUUAGUCGACAAUUGGCAGGCUGUGAGUGAAAGGUAUGGGACACAAUCACUGGUUACUCUAAUAUGUAUAAUAGGGAGAACCAUAAGUACAGAUCUACAGAUCAUGGAGCUGCAGAAAUUUUUCAGUAACAUGUUGGAGGAGCACCAGAGGAUUACAGUUCAUGCCCAAUUACAGGCAAUAAAGAAUGAAAAUCUCAAAAACAAAAAGCAAAAUGCCAGGAUAGCUGAGUGGCUUCAGAAAAAUAUAUAGUUUGUGGCUACAUCCAGCAUACCACUUACAUAUUAUAAUCUCGUUUGCUCACAGGUUUGUUUCCCAAUACUUUGUGGGUCCUGAGAACUGCAUGUUUUCUUUGUAUUUCAGUUACGUUCACUACUCAGAGUCAUGUUGUUCCUAUGUUGUCAUGUUUGGCCCUGAGGCUUAGUGAUUGAUGAGGAUUUGGUCAAAGCUGCUAUAUUUCUGAGGAAAACUAUACUACUUCACAUUGGGCAAUAAAUGCACAGAAUUUAUUUUAAAUACCUUGCAAAAACAAAUUUAUCCAAGAAAGCUUUGCUAAUUCUGUUGUGAAGACUGUAGAAUAUUAAAUUAUUGGCAUUAUUAAAGGAACAUUCUUUUUGAGGAAAAUACAGACUUGAAAUACUCUAGGGUUUAUUGAGUUCAAUAUUGAAAGACUAAUGAGAACACAACAUGACAGUGUGAAGAUACAGAAACCAGAAAAACAAUAUUCACUAGGAGAUACAAAAGCCAAAGAAAAGCAAGUUUCAAGGAGGAAAAGCAAACAAUUUUAUGAUCCAUAUUAAGUACCCUAAAGACAAGAAAUGUUCCACUUCUCUCUCCCACAAAACUUAUUGCAUUGAAGUGUAUUUUGCUGGUACUGAAUGUUAUGAAAUUAUAAAAUGACAAAUGAUUGUAAGGCCCAUGAGAUGCCUUUAGCACCGUUGUUGCAGUGGUCAUUGUGGGGAUGAAGGCUAGUCCCUGAAGCCUGUGUGAUGAUGUGUGGGGUGGGCACUCUUUCAGCUAGAGCUUAUAAGGGAAAAUAAUGCUGUCAAAAGACAGCACCAAGUAUGAGCUAAUCUUUGCGAGUCUCACAGGGAAAUCUUCAAAUGAAGGAAAACAGAAAUAAAAGGAUAAUGAGAGCAUAAUCCUUACAGUUUUGCUUUCAAAGGAUUAAGUUUGAAAUGUGCUUUCAUUCAGCCAAAUUGAAUCUACUUGUAAUGUGGAUCAACUCAGUUUAAACAAUUUCAUCAAUUGCAAUGUAUGAAAUUAAUUAAAUUUUGUCACACCUGAUUAAAACAGGACAACUGAGGUAAAUCAUUCCUACUGUAAAAUUUGUGUAUAAUUAAAUCCUUCUUUCUUACAUCUUAUUUUGUUUUUGUAGAAUGGGGGUAAAAACUGCAUACCUCCUAUCUACCUCAGAAUAAUAUUGUAACAUGUAUAGAAUAUGCUGUCAAUUAAUAUUUGAAGAUGUUAUGUGAACUCAAGGAAGUGCAAUCUAAGGCUUUUUCCUAUUUCUAAUAUAAGUUAAGGCAGACACAAAUUAAAGUACAAUACAAACUCACCUUUAUAUUUCCUUCAGAAGCAGAUGCUCCCUGCGUGUCAGCGGGAAGCUGUGAACUUCACUACGCUGGCAAAACAAGUUUCUACUCAGCCAUAGGUCACAAUGCAGAGGAUGUUGUCUUUAAAGUUAGCAAUGAAUAUUUUAAUGGAUGCAAUAUCUUCAUGCCUUCAAAUUGUUAUGUAUGAUAUUUUCCUUAAACAUUCAUCCUGUAGAUCUGCAUUUCCUCUGAUAAUCUCUCCUUUCAAUGAUGUUGUCUUCCUCUGACCUCUCAGUUGCUUCUCUCUUCUUUCUCUCUCUUCCUUCCAUUUCUAGUCCCUCUCUUUGUCCGUUGGCCUGCUAUGUGUUCCAUUCUGCCUUUCCCAGUGACCUCUGCCUUCCCACUGUUGGCUGUCCUCUGCUCUCUCCUUGUCUUGUAUUUAACUCUGCUCUGGGUUCAGCAAGUGCAGUUUGAGGUGGCACUUGGGGCCAUGAGGGCUGUCAUGCAUGGUACUGGGCAACGCCAAAUGCUGCCUGUCUAUCGGGGAGAGUAAGUAAGCAGGCCUCUCCAACCUCUUCCAACCUGUUUGUAUAACAGUCUUGUUAUAUCUUAGCUUCAGUAAUAAUUAAACAGUGUUGAAGGUGCUUCUCCAAAAUCAAAUACUUCUUAUUAUACCUUUAUGCUUACUAUAAAUAUAAAUAAUCAUUGAUUGAUUGCUGUGGUAGCACUGAAGCAGUACAAGUGAGGGAGUAAUACCAAGACAAAUUUGUCCAAAUGGAAUAAAUAUUUUAUUAACUCAUAAAAACCAGCAAAUCUAUUAGCACUCCAAAUAUAAAACAGCUUCCCUGGCCCAGUCAGUUUAGUUUAUACCAUGCAGUUCAAAAACACUUAAUAAAAUAUACAACAUAUUCAUGAUUUUUUAAAAAUUCAGCCAUUAGAAAUUCUAGUUGUUCUCACAAUUUUAUGUUUUUUUCCUAGUCAAACCUACUCAGAGCCUUUCUAUUGCUGACAUCAAAUACAAGAACAAAUGCCUUGCUCUGACGUUUAUAAUCAAUUGUAAUUUAGAUCUCUGAGGAAAAUUUGUAUGGCAACACAUUAAGGAAUGAAUAAAC